GUUCAUCCAUCAUGGCCUUGGACACGGCGUAUCGGACGCGUCGACAGCCAUCAAGAUGACCAUGAUGGAUGUUCAGAGCCUUGUAAAUGCUCUGCGCCGCAGAUACGCGGCUCCACGGGUCGAUCCAGAAUGGGUUCGACAAUGCGCCCAGGCACUGAUCGAAGAUGGUCAGCAGGCGACGCUGGAGGCAGUCCAUGAUCAAUUUCUUUGGUCCAAUUUGGCUCAUUCGACGCUGCCCAGCAAUGCCACGCCUGCUGAUCCCUCAUCUUCUCAAAGCGCAUUGCUAUUCGUGGAACCCACGCUCCUACAGAUUGAGAGUAUCACAGAGAUUGGGUCAUCGGCAUUCCAACUGCAGAACACCGUCAACAUGCGUCGGGUCGUCAUCGAGGGACGGACCAGGAUACGAAGGAUAGACGAUCCUGCGGACGGGGAAGAAGUCGAUGAUGCGAAUAUGCCAGUCUAUCCUAGGGGCAUGCUCCGUUUCGAGCUCAGCGACGGGCGAUCCAAGGUCCGAGCGAUCGAAUACAAGCGGUUGAAUGGAUUGAAGCUCGGGGAGACACCCUUAGGAUGUAAGCUUCUCGUACAUCGCGUGCGAUCUGUCCGUGGCAUUCUUCUUCUCCAACCCGAGAACACAGACAUCAUUGGAGGCAUGAUCGAGGAUCUCGAAGCAAAGCAAGCAGAAUGCUUCAUCUCAUCACUCAAAGCUCGGAUGGACGCCGCUGCGAGACGUGAAGCUCAGCCCACAGUACCAGUUAGACGGACUCGAGCGGCUCCACGUGCUACCACACGCCCUCCACCACCUCGUCCCGCCCGACAGGAGACUGCUACACAACGCAUGGUCCCCGGGCCUUCGACGCCCAAUACAUCCAGCCGACCUCAACGGGCUGCGGGACAAUUCGCGAGUGCCAGAAUUGGACGCAUGUACGAUCAAAUCGCCCAUCCGGAUCGAGACGCGGUCAUAGGCGCGGCGGAGGGAUCAGACGAUGAGUUCGAGUCCUUUCACGUGGACGAAAGCUUCUUCCGGCGGGUGGAUCAAGCUGAGCGACAAGCUGAGCGACAAGCUAGUCGGGGAAGAAAUGACAUUCACCAGGUUGAGAGUGACGAAUUUGACGACAUUGACGUGGACGACAGCUUUAUUCGACAGAUUGACGAGGUAGAAAUGAGAUCUUGGAACAGGAGGCAAGUUCAGAAACGGGGCCGCGGGGAUUUAGACACAGAAGAUCUCGAGGAUUUCGACUCUGGCAAGGAGAACAAGCCGAUCGUCAUUGACAGCGACUGAGGGGCUCUGUUGAAUCCUUGUUGUGCAUACUAUUACACUAC